AUGAAGAAAAAACUGGGGGAAGGAUUAGGUGGUGAUAAUGUAAAUAUUGAGGAUUGUUCCAAAUUCACAAAUCGUGCUAGUCUGAAUAACUGGAGAAAAGAAGAGUUUUCUGAAAGCAUUUGUGACCGUUUUGUCACUGGUGAUUGGUCAAAGGCUGCUCGCAGAGGUCAAGUCUCAGAAGCUGAUAGUGUUGAUGAUGAUGAUGAUGAAGUUUUUGGUGAUUUUCAGGACAUGGAAACAGGUGAAAAAUUUGAGAGCCAUCAAACAAGUGAUAAUGGUGAUGAUCAUGUGAUACACAAGGACAAUGAUGUAACAAUCGAGGAGCGAAGGCUUGAAAAGCUUGCUCUUCAAUCACCUGAUGAGGAAAAUGACAACAAACAGGGAACCAAGUUUCAUCGGAACCAAGCUACUGAAAGUGGCUUUGUUGAUAAGCUCAAGGAGGAGAUUGAACUUCGGAAGCAACUUAAUAUUGCUGAACUCAAUGAUAUUGACGAGGCCACCCGGUUGGAAAUUGAGGGAUACAGGACAGGGACUUACCUCAGAUUGGAGAUUCAUGGUGUUCAAUGUGAGAUGGUUGAACAUUUUGAUCCCUGCCAUCCUAUUCUCGUUGGAGGAAUUGGUCUUGGUGAGGAAAAUGUUGGAUACAUGCAGGUUCGAUUCAAGCGGCAUAGAUGGCACAAAAAAGUACUGAGAACCAGAGACCCGAUAAUAGUUUCGAUUGGAUGGAGGCGAUACCAAACUACACCUAUUUAUGCUAUUGAGGACUGUAAUGGUCGUCAUCGUAUGCUCAAGUACACUCCUGAGCACAUGCACUGUCUUGCCAUGUUUUGGGGCCCUCUUGCACCUCCUAAUACUGGUGUAGUCGCUGUUCAAAAUUUGUCAAACAAUCAGGUUAGAUUGUUUUUUCCUUUGUUCCACAAAUUCCCUACUUGA